AUUUUGGCGCGUGACAAGUGCGGGUGGGCCUGUGAAAUCGGCUUACUCGAGGAGAGCCCCCCAAAGUAGAUUAAAUUGGACCAAGCAGAACUGGCAGCAGAAAAAUACGACGAACCCGGAGCCGAAGCUUUGGCGCUCGCUUUUGAACCGAAGCGGUUUCGAAUUUGAAGUUUUUAAACCGUCAACUAAGCUCGCUGCGAAUUUAGUGGCAAACGAGCCAGCCAGUCGACCAGACACACACGAGAGCGCGAGUUUGAAAGGCGAAAACCUGGCCCAAACCGAAAACAAAAAACGAUCGCACAUUGCAACGAGCGUGGGCUGCAAUCGGAAGUGUUUGAAUAAUAAAUAUUUAAAAGAUACACAAGCCCAGCAGCUGGAGCUGGAACUGAUUGCCAAUAAUGAAGAUAGCCAAAAUUGGCCAGAGCUGAGAAAAAGAUAAUUCGGAAAAAUCUUGUGCGUGUGUAAAGAGCCGUGAAAAGCCAACGGCAAGUAAAUUGCAAAUUAAAUCGGGAGAAAUAUUCGAAAGCACCGGAGGAUCACCAUGAAAUCGUGGCUGCUGGCUCUGGUGGCCCUGGCAGCAGUGGUUUCUGGCAGCCAGACUCCCAGUCCAAAUCAGUACCACAUCCAGACGGACGAGGGACCGGAGAGGUACUUCCGCUUCCAAACGGACAGCGGACAGUUCCGCAAGGAGAAGCGGCUGCAGGAUGGCACCGUCAUAGGCACUGAAGCCUGGAUCGAUGCGGCUGGCUAUCUGCGCCAGAAGGACUACAUAGCCGACAAGGAGGGAUACCGGAUACUCAAGUCCAAGACGAUCUACGUGGGUCUGGGCAGGGCAGUUGAGGACGCCAUCAAAUCUACGAAGGCGGCUCCUGCCCAAUCGGGAGUGCUGGUGCAUGGCGGCUCAUCGGGAGCUUCGGCCAACAGCCUUGGCAGCUAUCAACGUCCCAACUAUGGCUAUGUCUCCAGCACCACAUCCACUACGACUGCGGCACCUCCGCCACCACCAGCUCUUCUGGACAUCGAGGACUCCGGCGUGGGCAAGCUCAAUUACCUGCCGCCCGAGCAAGCUGCCAAGAUUGAGCCGCAAUCGCAGCUGGGAUUCGAUCACUAUCCGGACGAGUUGCCGCGGGCGAGAGAUCAGUUAUUGUCGCCGCUCCCAGCCACGCCUCUCAACCCGCUGGUGGACAUCCAUCCCAAUGCUGAGCCUGUCCAGGACCUGGAACUGAAUGCCAUCAAUGUGUACGAUGCUGAGGCAGAUCGAGCCUUUGGCCACGGGCAGUUUGGUGCGGUUAUCAGCUCCACAACGGCCAGACCGCCUUCGCUAGACAUGCUUCCUCCUCUGAGUGCCCACCGGCGUCGCCUGCGUCCGCGUCCCACUCCCUCGCCCAUAGCCAUCGCUUCGAGUACACCAGCGCCCAUUUCUGGCGCGGAUUUGUAUGGCUACUCCACGCCGCAGCCCUUUGCUGCGCCUGCCUACCAGUUUGCUCCGCCUGCCGCAUCCUCCGCCACGGGAUACGGCUACUAUCCCCCGCCCCAGACGCCACUGGAGGUCAACUCCCUGGAGGCUGCUCUACUCCCGCCCCUGCCUUCCAGCUCACAUCGAAGACGCCUGCGCCCAAGGCCAGUCCAGGGUAAUCACCUGGAGGGUUUGGCCGCCUCCGAGUACGAUGGCGUGGGCGUGACCCGCAAUGGAUUCCGCUACGUGCUGCCCAAGCAGUAUCACGAGGAGGAAACGAAUCCGGCGGAUGGAAAGCGAGCGGGCAGCUUUGGCUACGUGGAUCCCUUCGGCAUCCGGCGGGUGGUCUACUACAAUGCAGCUCCUGGCAGGGGAUUCGUCCAUCGGAAUAACAACCAGUAUGUGGGCGCCAAUGGAGCGCCCUACGAUGCUCCGGGUCCCGCGCAGCUGGUCAACGAAUAGGGAAGCCUUCCUGGAGAUUAGUGUGGGUCGAUUUAUUGCGAUACUACUGAAAAUGAUCUGAAGAUUUAAGUUAGUCGCCGUGUUCCAUGAUAAUCGACCCAUGCUGAUGAAGGUGCUGCACUUAACCCGACUCCCGACUCACUCAACGAGGCACCAAAACUAACCGUAGAACCUCAACCAGGGGAAGUCCCCACUUACGAUUAACCUGUACAUAUAACCACGCUCAAAGCCUCCCCUUCUCAAGAACCCACUAUUUCACCUUCUUCGCUGCACGCACACACACAAAGAAAACGACAUCUGUGUUAAUUAAUUUAAUGCUUAAUCACAUUUAAAUGUAACAUAAUUUAUAACUCGAAACUAUGUGCAAUUAGCGCUUAGCAUAGGUCUAUUAGGGGCACUCACUGCCGCCCACGAGAGCCAAAUUGUGCAUGUGAUUGGGGAGAAAUCGUUUCACGUAUUAAUCUUGCCAUAUUAACGAGAAGUAAAUAAAUACAGCCCUCUGCUCAUCCCCUAAAACUCCCCAUUUGCCCCUUAGCGUAAUUCAAGAAUUAUGAUCAACCGUUUUUUGGCCAAUAGCUGUUCAUUUGAAAGGAAUGAAUACCCGUUGCCUGGAAACUUUAGCCAAGUAAUUCGAAAUAUUAUUUUGUGUAUCGUUAAGAAGUUUGAAGAUAAUAAAAAUGUAUUUAAAUUAUA